CGCAGUGCGGCGCGCAUGGAGCUGAGCGGGGCGGCGCUGGCGGCGCUGCUGGCCGGCCUGGCGUGGCUGCUGUGGCUGUGGCUGUGGCUGGCGGCGGCGCGGCGGCGCGGCGGGCGGCUGCCCCCCGGCCCGGCGCCGCUGCCGCUGCUGGGCAACCUGCCGCAGCUCGACCCGCGCGCCCUGCACCGCUCGCUGGAGAAGCUCAGCCAGAGAUACGGCCCGGUCUACACCAUCCACCUGGGCUCUCUGCCCUGUGUGGUCCUCUAUGGCUACCAAGCAGUGAAGGAGGCCUUGGUGGACCAAGCAGACGACUUCAGUGACCGGGGAGACUUCCCCGUCUUCUACCGCUUCACUCAGGGCAAUGGCAUCGCCUUCUCCAGUGGGCAGAAGUGGAAAGUUCUCCGUCGCUUUGCGCUGCAGACGCUGAAGAAUUUUGGGAUGGGAAGGAGCAGCAUCGAGGAGCGGAUCCAGGAGGAGGCUCAGUGCCUUGUGAAAGAGUUCCAGAAAACCAACGGAGCGCCCUUCAACCCCAUCAACCUUGUGUGCCGUGCCGUCUCCAAUGUCAUCUGCUCUGUGGUUUUUGGGAAUCGCUUUGACUAUGAAGAUGCCGACUUCCUCACCCUCCUCAACCACUUGAACGACAAUUUCAGGAUAAUGAGCUCCAUGUGGGGAGAGCUUUACAACAUUUUCCCCCGGCUCAUGGACUUCCUGCCUGGGCCUCAUCAACAAAUUUUCCGUAACUUCGAGAAACUGCGGCAGUUCAUCGCUGAACGCGUUCGCAGGCACCAGCAGAGUCUGGACCCCAAGGCCCCCCGAGACUUCAUCGACUGCUUCCUGAUCCGCAUGGAGCAGGAGAAGCAAGACCCGCUGAGCCACUUCCACACGGAAACGCUGGUGAUGACGACCCACAAUCUGUUCUUCGGGGGCACCGAGACAACCAGCACCACCCUGCGGUACAGUUUCCUGAUCCUGAUGAAAUACCCCGAGGUGGCAGCUCAAGUCUACGAGGAGAUUGACCAAGUGAUCGGGCGUGAACGAGCCCCCUGCCUGGCUGACCGCAAGCUCAUGCCGUACACGGAUGCCGUGAUCUACGAGAUUCAACGUUUUAUCACCAUCUUGCCCAUGGGACUGCCUCGUGCCGUGACUCGGGACACGCCUUUCAGGGAUUUUCUGCUUCCCAAGGGCACCAAUGUGAUCCCGUUGCUGAGUUCGGUGCACUACGACCCGUCCCAGUUCAAGGACCCAAAUUCCUUCAACCCGGCCAACUUCCUGGAUGAAAACAACUCCUUCAAAAGCAGCGAUGCCUUUAUGCCCUUUGCCCCAGGGAAGCGCAUCUGCCUGGGAGCCGGCUUGGCCCGCAUGGAGAUCUUCCUCUUCCUCACCACCCUCCUCCAGCACUUCACCUUCCGGCCACUGGUUGCUCCUGCCGAGAUUGACCUGACCCCCCAGUGCACAGGCCUAGGCAACGUCCCCCGACCUUUCCAAUUCCAGGUCUUCUCUCGCUAGCCCUGGAAAGGGCAAGGAACCCCACGCCUGCACGCUCACCCCCUACACAUACUGGAGCUGGGCAGGGGGCAGAAGGGAGGGCGACUCUCCACGCCACCUUCCGCUCCAACCAGGGCUGUGAACAGGCCACGCCUUGAAACAGGACCAAGUUCCACUGCGAGGACACGAAUGACGUGUCUCUCUCUCUCUCUGCAUAAUACAUGCUGCAUUUCCUA